AUGGAUCUUGACUCAAACAAAGAUACACCCAUUAAAAGUUGGUGGAAGAAGGUCACACACAAUUCGAACAAUAAGCCAAUCUCACAGAAGCAAGACGAUCAAAUCUUUGGGGUUCCAUUGCAAGACAGCCUGAAAUGUGCCCGAGCUGCUAUCGCCUAUGUUGACAAUGAUGUGCAAUAUGUUGGAUUUAUACCGGUGAUUGUCGCUAAAUGUGGUUCAUUUCUCAAAGACCAAGGCUUAUACACUGAGGGCGUGUUUCGGAUGAGUGGCAGUGCAAAGAGAAUUGGUCAGCUACAGCAGAUCUUUAAUACAGCACCAGACUACGGCAGACAGCUCGAUUGGAAGGGAUUCUCGGUCCAUGACGCAGCCAAUGUGUUAAGAAGAUUCCUCAACUAUUUACCAGAGCCUGUUAUCGUUCAUCAGUUAUAUCAGCCUUUUCGAGAUGUUGUCACUUGCACCACGCCAUCCACAGAAGAUGAGAAAGUAGUGCAAUUUCAAAACUUGAUUGAGCAGCUACCAGAGCAUCACCAAUAUCUUUUAUUUUAUCUAUUGGAUUUACUAUCAUUGUUCAGCCAAAAUGUGCAGAUCACAAAGAUGGAUACCUUCAACUUGGCUUCUGUAUUCACUCCUGGCAUUUUACUGAAUCCAGAGCAUGCGCUAAAUCCUACUCAAUACAAGACUUCGCAGAAAGUAGUUCAAUUCUUGGUGGAGCAUCAGCAUUGCUUUAAAAUGCCUCGUUCAUCAUGGUUCACUGUACUUAAUCAACAGCAAAAAGAAGCAGAUGAAGCAGCAGCAGCAGCAGCAGCAGCAGCAGUAGCAGUAGCAGCCAAUACAACACCUACCAUAGCAGCGACAGUGUCAAAUGAGGAUCCUGCCGUCCCGAGCAAUGCUAACCAAGAUAUCAAUAAAUCAUCAUCUACACCAACCAGUUCAUCUAUCCAAUCACCUACCCCACCACCAACGCAGCGCCAUAACAGCCAACCCAUUCGUUACAACACAACUAAUACUUUCCAUACGCCUAUUUCUAAUACUACCACCACCAAUCAUCCAUAUCAUACGCAUCAACAUCAAAAAUCUGCAGGUUUAUCAGACCCAUUGACCUCAUCUCCCACAGCCACAAGACCAUCAUCUGUACUCGUAUCUCAACAAAAGGAAUCCAGAGUGAAGCGUGCAAAGACAAUGCCCUCAAGAAGAUCAAGAUAUGGUCCAAAUGAUCCAUUACAAGUAGUUCAAUUAAACAAAUCUGUUAUUGAAACAGGCCAUAAUAAAUAA